ACAACAAACUAAUCUCUUCUCCUUCAUUCAAUGCCUCACGCCCAGCUUCCACUCCGCCCCCUCACCCCUCACUCCUCCACGUGUCUCUCUUCCCUUCCUCAUCACUCCUUUCUCCUCUCCAUUUCCCUCUAAUUUUAGCCUUCUUUUCUUGCUACUUUUAAGAGCUCAGCUCACGUUCCAUUUAAGUCUUUUCCCAUUAUUCCAAAUUCAUCCAUUUUUGCACCUCCUUUCCUGUUCAGCACCUCACUUCUCUCUUACCCUGCGUGCAAAUUCACCCAAUUUGAUUCUUUCGCCAUCCAGACACCCCUUUAUAGAAACCACGUCCGCGUUGGAUAACUCCAGAGUUUCCGUAUUAUUCAAGAAACCGCAGGCUAUUAUCAUUCACUCUGUUCUCGCACGGCAAAAAUUGCUUGUUUUUUAAGACUCUGCAUGCCUUAUUUCUGUCGACUAAAGGCAAUCAGAAAAUCGGCUUGGAAGUGAGGGAAAAUGGCUGGGAAUGAGUGGAUUAAUGGGUACCUGGAGGCCAUCCUCUCGACGGGGGCUUCCACCAUUGAUGAGCAAAAGGCAGUGCCUGCUCCUCUGAGAGAAGGAGGGCAUUUCAAUCCCACCAAGUACUUUGUGGAAGAGGUGGUGAUGGGUGUUGAUGAGUCUGACCUGCACCGCACGUGGAUCAAGGUGGUUGCCACACGCAAUUCUCGCGAGCGCAGCUCCAGACUAGAGAACAUGUGCUGGCGCAUUUGGCAUCUUGCUCGCAAGAAGAAGCAGUUGGAAUGGGAGGAAAAUCAGAGGUUGGCAGAUCGAAGGUGGGAGCGAGAACAAGGACGCAGGGAUGCUACAGAGGACAUGUCCGAGGAAUUGUCAGAAGGAGAAAAGGGGGAUGGUUUGGGGGAGAGUUUGCAGAUUGAGUCCCCGAAGAAAAGGUUCCAGCGCCAAAUUUCUACCUUGGAAGUAUGGUCUGAUGAUAAAAAGGAAAAGAAGCUCUAUAUCGUCCUCUUAAGUUUGCAUGGAUUGAUUCGAGGAGAAAACAUGGAGCUUGGUCGCGAUUCUGACACUGGUGGACAGAUCAAAUAUGUGGUGGAACUUGCUCGGGCACUUGCAAAAAUGCCCGGAGUGUACAGAGUAGAUUUGUUCACACGUCAAAUCUCAUCACCUGAGGUUGAUUGGAGCUAUGGAGAACCUACAGAAAUGUUAACCACAGGUUCAGGUGAUGAUGAUAACAUUGAUGCUGGAGAGAGCAGUGGUGCAUAUAUCAUAAGAAUACCCUUUGGUCCACGUGAUAAGUAUCUCAGGAAAGAACUGCUUUGGCCCUAUAUUCAAGAAUUUGUGGAUGGGGCUUUAACUCACAUUCUCAAUAUGUCAAAAGUGUUGGGUGAACAAGUUGGUGGGGGUCAACCUGUUUGGCCAUAUGUAAUUCAUGGACAUUAUGCUGAUGCUGGAGAUAGUGCAGCUCUUCUUUCAGGCGCUUUGAAUGUGCCAAUGGUGCUGACAGGUCAUUCACUUGGAAGAAAUAAGCUUGAGCAGCUUAUCAAGCAGGGGCGUCAAUCCAAGGAGGAUAUCAAUUCAACAUAUAAGAUUAUGAGGAGGAUAGAGGCAGAAGAACUUUCCCUAGAUGCUGCAGAACUUGUUAUCACUAGUACAAAACAAGAAAUUGAGGAGCAAUGGGGACUUUAUGAUGGCUUUGAUGUCAAACUCGAGAAAGUCUUACGUGCACGUGCUAGACGGAAUGUUAAUUGCCAUGGCCGGUUCAUGCCAAGGAUGGCGGUUAUCCCACCUGGUAUGGACUUUAGCAGCGUUGUGAUCCAAGAAGAUGCCCCAGAAGUUGAUGGGGAGCUUACACAACUAACUGGCGAUGGGACUUCACCUAAAGCAUUACCUCCAAUUUGGUCAGAAGUGAUGCGUUUCUUUUCAAAUCCUCACAAGCCAAUGAUCUUGGCCUUGUCAAGGCCAGAUCCAAAGAAGAACAUAACCACUUUGUUGAAAGCAUUUGGAGAAUGCCGUCCCUUAAAAGAACUUGCUAAUCUUACGCUUAUAAUGGGAAAUAGGGAUGACAUAGAUGAGAUGUCAUCUGGGAAUGCUAGUGUGCUCACAACAGUGUUGAAACUAAUUGACAAGUAUGACUUAUAUGGGCAAGUGGCAUACCCCAAGCAUCACAAACAAGCUGAUGUUCCGGAUAUAUAUCGACUUGCUGCAAAAACAAAGGGAGUUUUCAUAAAUCCAGCUUUAGUGGAGCCUUUUGGUCUUACUUUAAUUGAGGCAGCGGCACACGGGCUUCCCAUGGUGGCCACUAAAAAUGGGGGACCGGUGGAUAUUCAUCAGGCCCUCCACAAUGGUUUACUCGUGGACCCCCAUGGUCAACAAGCGAUUGCUGAUGCAUUGCUUAAGUUAUUGUCAGAGAAAAACCUAUGGAAUGAGUGCAGGAAAAAUGGUUUGAGGAACAUACACCUAUUCUCAUGGCCUGAACAUUGUCGUACUUAUUUGACUAGGGUGGCAGCCUGCCGAAUGAGGCAUCCACAAUGGCAAACUGAUACUCCGGGGGAUGAUGUAACUAUCGAGGAGUCUUUGAAUGAUUCACUUAAAGACGUGCAGGACAUGUCCCUAAGGCUCUCAAUCGAUGGGGAUAAAUCUUCACUAAAUGAAUCACUUGAUAUGGCUGCAGCCAGUGGUGGUCCUGAGAUGCAAGACCAAGUGAAACGUGUCCUAAGCAGGAUGAAGAAAGCAGAUUCUGUUCAAAAUCAAGAUGUUAAGAAUAAGCCACUUGAUAAUAUACCAGGAAAAUAUCCUCUCUUGAGAAGAAGACGCAGACUGAUUGUUAUAGCACUUGAUUGUUAUGACAAUAAAGGAGCUCCAGAGAAGAAGAUGAUCCAAAUUGUGCAGAAAAUCGUGAAAGCUGUUCAACUAGACCCUCAAGCUGCGAGAGUUUCAGGAUUUGCUCUGUCAACAGCUAUGUCAAUGCUAGAAACAAUUGAGUUACUUACAUCAGGAAAUAUUCAAGCAAAUGAGUUUGAUGCUUUAAUUUGCAGCAGUGGAAGUGAAGUUUACUACCCUCGUGCUUAUGCAGAAGAUGGAAAGCUUUUGCCAGAUCCGGAUUAUGCAGCACAUAUUGACUAUCGUUGGGGAUGUGAAGGUUUGAAAAAAACCAUUUGGAAACUAAUGAAUACAAUUGAAGGUGAAGACAAUUCAAAUAAACCUUCCAGUCCAAUUGAGGAAGAUAAAAAAUCAAGUAAUGCUCAUUGCAUCUCAUACGAAAUAAAAGAACUUAGUAAGGCAAAGAAAGUUGAUGACUUGAGGCAGAAGCUUAGGAUGCGAGGUCUGCGUUGUCAUCCUAUGUACUGUAGGGCAUCAACUAGAAUGCAAGUUAUUCCACUCCUUGCAUCUAGAGCUCAGGCACUCAGGUAUCUCUUUGUCCGUUGGAGAUUGAAUGUUGCAAAUAUGUAUGUCUUCCUCGGAGAAACUGGGGACACUGAUCAUGAGGAACUGAUUUCUGGAACUCACAAGACCAUAAUCCUGAAGGGAGUGGUGUCCAAGGGUUCGGAGCAGGUGCUUAGGAGUCCAGGAAGCUACCAGAGAGAUGAUAUUGUCCCAACUGAGAGCCCCCUGGUCGCAAGCAUUAGUGAAAUAACGGAGGACAAGAUUGUUGAUGCUUUGAAGCAAACCUCUAGAACUGGAGGAAUGUGAGGUUCUAGAGUGAUAGGUACAUAUUCUUUUCCUAAUACAUUCACUUUUUUAGAGCACAAAAUGGAAAAUGAAUGUAAUUCUGUUAUUUUUUAACAUAGGGUUUAGUCAAGCUGUACCUAGAUUGUGGCUCUGUGUUUACAAAAUACAAAUAUUCUUGUUAUAUACAUUAUAAAGUUGGGUCAACUCUUUAAGUCUA